CCCUCCUCUCUCCCUCUUCUAAUCGCAACUUUUGUUUUGGUAUGGUCGUUUGUUCCACAACAACUUUUCUCCUGAUCCUAACCUUGGCAGUAAUUACUGUUUUCAAGUACAUACCAAAGCGCAUCAACAAGUCCACGACUACAACUUUUUCACAAGCUCCAAAAUCAUCACAACAAACAAAGCGCAACGCGUUUUCUCACCUCGAACAAAACUCAAUUGAAUCAUAGAUUCACAUAAGCCAACACCUUCUCACCAUGCCUCGCGUCUCAAAGACAAAGGCGUCUGGCGACGCAACACCAGCGCGCGCAACCCGCAGCAACGUCCGCGCCGGCAGCGUAGAACUCGAGCCACCAGUCGAGGCCCCGACGCCCAGACGCACCGGCCUGAGAUCCACGUCGCGUUCAAAGACGCCGGAGUCCAAGCCUUCGUCGUUCGAGAAGCCCGUCGACCGACUUCCUGCUCUUGCCGAGGAAGAGGAGAAGCAACCAACACCUCGUGUUGCCCGAUCAAAGCCCGCCAAAGUUGCAUCCAUCGCCGACGCACCUCGUGCCGUCACGGAAGAGGAGAAGCAACCAUCAACUCGCGCAUCUCGCGCAACUCGCGCAACUCGCACCACCCGCACACCUCGCGUCGCCCUACCAAAGCCUGCCGACGUCGCGCCCAUCGCCGACGCAUCUCCAUACGUCACACCUCAAGGCUACCGUCACAUUGCUUCGACGUACAACAACUCUGUUCACUCUUCGCCCACCGUCAAGCAAAGCAUCGAAGAACCAAUCGUCAUCGAGGACUCCGUCGCCAUCUUCCAGGACGAUCCCAUCGAGGUGGAACAAGAAGAAGCUGUCCAGGCACAGAUUGCCAACGAAGAGGCCGAAGAAGAAGAAGAAGCUGUCCAGGCACAAUUUGCCGAUGAGACAGCCCACGCUGCGCUCCUCAAGGAAAUGCGCAGAGAGAUUCAGCGCUUGCGCGAAGUCGAAACCCGCUACCUUGCUACUUCCAAGCAGUCUCAGUCUUCGACCAUAUCUUCUCCUCAGCGCUCCAUUCGUCAAAGUUCAUCGCCAGAGGUUCCUCGCACCGUCGGCCGCCAAUUUGACUUGCGCUACCACAUGAGCGUCCGUCUUCCAGCCGAAGAAGCCCGCAAGGCCGCUGAGGUAGCUGAAGCUGCCACCAACAAGGCUGCCCAGCAAGAAAAACUCGACCAGACUUUGUCGCGCUCAAGUCCUUCGACUACCGAUGACAAGCGCAAGAGUAAGACUCCUCAAAGCAAGACUCCCGAGGCCCAGACUCCUCAGAGAUCAUCACAAACAUCAGGACCUGCCGAGACGCCCGCCGCUUCUCCAUCAUGGGGUCUUACAUCCCUCUUCGGCUCGGUCAAGAACAUCUUUUCGCACCGUCCCAUUCUUUCUCCCACCAAGCGCCUUCCGGAACAGCCGCAAGGGCAACCUCAAGAGCAACAGCAAGAGCAUCCCGCACAUGUGAGCCAGCAACAGCAAUCUACGCCUGCUCGUGCAAAGAAACAAAAACGUGUUCCUUUCUCUUCACAACAGAGCCCUACACCCAAGCCUAGAUCACCCGCACCGGCAUCACCUGCAACCCCCACUCCUGCCUCUGACGAAGAUCCCAAUUACGGCCAGACACCCAGAACCACUCGUCGCCCGAUUCGUCGACUCGGUUCUCCACUCAAGCGCGACACUCCUUCCAAGCCAAAGGAAGUCAACGCAGACCGCAGGGCUGAACAGCUCGAACAAGCAGCACAGAAGACCGCAGAGCGCAAGCGCAUUCAAGAACAAGUCGACAAUUUUGAGCAGGAGCGCCGCAGAAUUGAAGAAGAGCAGAGAAAGCGUGACAUGGAAGAGGUCGCUGCCCAGAAGACUGGUAACAAGAGAAGGGUCAAGGUCGACGCACUCGCAGUCAUUCCGAGCAGAGUUCCUGGCGCAAGCACGGGCACCUAUGGUCUUGUGGAUGGAUUCUUCGAUUACGACAGCGAUAGUGACGAGGUCGAGAUGGAGGAGGAUCAGAUCCGCUUGCUUCCACCGGUGCAAGAGCACCCUGCCAAGAGACAGAGACUUGACGAGAAUGUCUUCCAGCCCAAGGCUCCUGCAGUACAGCCACCUGCCAUCAGCCCUGUCAAGCAGACAGCAGCACCAGUAGCACCACCCGCUGUUCCCGCAACUCCUACUCCCAACUACUCGCAGCUCACCCAGCAAGCUAUCGAGAAGCAGCGUCUUCAGUUCUCUCAGCACAAGCCCAAGCAGCCCUCGCGCCUACGCAAUGUCGAGCGUCUCUCGACCGGCAGCACCAUUGCCGCUUCUUCGCCUCAGCAGCCCCUGAUUGCUCCCCUCGAGGACAUUCAGGAAGUCAGCCCUGUCCCUCAGCUGCCCACGACACCCCCUCAAAAGGUUUACAACUGGCCUGCCGGUGUCUCAAUGGAGACUCCCGAAACUUGGGCCAGAAUUGACCUUCUCUACACACCCGAAAUGAGAGCAGCCGAUCACGAAUACUUCACCAACGGUUUGAUCGCUGCCAUGGCCAAGGCCGCCUGAAUUCUGUCUUGACCGUAUGAGCAAGGCAAAACGAGACGAAGACAUUCGCAGUCCAGUCGCCAAAAGAAAAGUCAAGGCUCCUCUGGUUUGUAGCUGGUUCAUCAAAAACUAGCUCGCCAUUGUUGUAGCCAAACUUGAAGACAAGACGGGCUACUCUGGUUUGCAGCUGGUCCAUCACAGACUUAGCUCGCCACACACACUUGGUUUGCAGCUGGUUCAUCAUACUAGCUCGCCAUUCAUCUGGUUUGCAGCUGGUUCAUCCUACUAGCUCGCCAUCUCUGGUUCGCAGCUGGUCAAUCAAGACUUGGCUCACCAGCACCGUAGCUCGACUC